AUGCCUCCAGAUACCAGCGCCGAGAGAGUCACCAAAUUGUAUCUUCGUUCGAGAUCGGUUAGUUUACGGAAGACCUAGGAUGUAGAAGGGAUUUUAGCAGAUGUACUUCAGAUUGUUUUUCCUCGAAGAAAUCAAAGUAAAAUAUCUCAUCAUUUUGUUUGGUUCUAUUUUUUGAACAUCGUGACAAUACCAGAAAUUCUCUUGAGAAUUAUCCUAAUUUAUAUGAUAUGAUAUGCUUUUAGUUAGGACAACUUUUUCAGAAAAAAAGUUAAGCUUUAUAAAAGUGGCAGGGUUUAGAGAGGAAAAUGUAUUCAUCUUAUUGUCGGAAGAAAACUGGAACAUGUGUCUAGUAGACCUUGAUUAGCUGAUGAUCCCGUUGUCAAAAACUGUUGAGCUCAACUUGUUUCAAGGUCUAGAAAAAUUUUGAGAUUUGAACACGUCAUAACUCAUAAUUCGAGUUGAGCUAAAUCAUGUCUGACAAUUUGAUUGUUAUCAACAAGAUAUCGAGGGACGAUAAAAAGUUUCGGGAAUACCUUUGGAACCGAGCCAGCUAUGAACAUUAUCUCAUAAAACCAAGUGAAAAAGAUUCGUUCGAGAAGCGUAUAUGGCCAAAGAGGUAGCACCUACACGGAACGGCUCUCGAUAUAGUGCACAAAAAAUUUUCCCGAAGAUAAUAUGUUGUGUGAUGCUCUGAAUGUUUGGAUGAUUGAUAAUCCUCCAAAAAUCUAAUAACCUAUCGCACAACGUUCUAGCUAAAGCUUGACAACAACAAAUGCAGACAGACAUCCACUUUCCAAUAUUCUCCAACACAGGAAAUUGAUUUCCUUCAAAGUCUUUGACGUUAAUAUCGUCCUUUGGUGAAAAUUGUCCAAUUAUUUUACCAAAAAUCAGAAAACCAAUCUACCCAAUUAUUCUUUAACAAAAUACCAACAACGUUUAUUUUUGCGCCUAAUUCAAUAAGCAAAGUUUUGGUUUACAUACUUUCCUUGGUUUUUUUCUAGAUGUAAACAUCUUCGAAGUGAAGUUUUGAGAAAAAAAAUCAAUAUGAAUUCUUGAGAUUUUCAGAAUACACAAUACAGAAAUCUAAAAAGAAAACAAAACAAAAACACAAAAAAAACGCGCUCUUCCCAAUUUCACAUAGGAUAACUUCAAGGAUCUAUAAACAUCCUGAAAAUGUGUGAAAAUUGAAAAUUCUUUUAAGAAAAAAUUGCCGGAUUCUUGAAGUUGCUGUAACUUUUCAUCUUACAAUGUAAAAAUUAUUUUGAGUUUAGAAAUAAAACCUGAAAGUACAUCGUACAUAAACAAAAAAAAAAUAAAUAAGAAAUGCGUAGUCAUAGUGACCUUUCUAAAUGUAAGGAGCUUUUGGUGCACCUGCUCAUUAAUUAUUGGAGAGAUAAUUAAAAUAUCGAAUUAACAAGCAAAAAUAUUAAUAAUAAAUCAUUUCAGGUUGAGUUCAAUUGGAUUUUCACUCGUCCAAAUGUUUUGAAAACAAUUUUUGAUUCCUGGCCAACUGAUAUAGAGAAGUAAAAGCUGAAAAAAGAGGAAAAAAAAGUGAAAACAUUUUUCAGACUCUACACCAUUGCUGAGAAAGCUUAUGAAGGGUUGUUCAGUGAAAACCCUACAAUUUCCAACGAAUAUCACAAAUGCUCGAAAGAUGAUCAGAGCUUCAUAAUCAGACGUGUUGCCUUAUCUCUUCAACAGGUAAGUAAACAUAAUUUGAAAUGCUUUUUCCUACUUAUUUUUUAAUUUGAAUCAUUUUUAGGCAUUCCAUAAUGCAAUCACAUUUUUCUACGAAAGACAACAUGCAAGUAUCUCAACUUCGAUUGAAAAAUUUGCAUCAGAUAUGCAAAGUUUUGGGGAGAAGUUCAGAUAUUUCAUGCCUGUUUCGUAUGUCAUUAAUUUGCAAAGUCUUUUGAAAUAUCUGGCUUAUGCAUAUAUUGAUCAUUGUGUGGAGAUGAAAAUGGUAAUAUUUAAAGGCUCUGGACUUUGAAACCAAGUAUAAAUUUUCCCAAAACAAUAUUUCUCUGAUUCACAGAACAUAGCGUUCGCCUUGACCCGCUUGAAUGUCGGUCGCGCUAAUUUCGGCGGAAAUUUUAAAAAUGUUUUCCAAUAGUUUUGUCAAGUUAUAUAUAUAGUAUAGAGCACAGAUAUCAAUUUUCUGAACGUAGAAAAUAAAUUUUCAGAGACCUAGAGACAAAUCUGUGCCCCCAACACCAGAAGAGAUGACAAAAUUCAACAACGAUUUGCACGAUACUCUUUCCGAAAUCAUUCGCAUUAUGAGAGUCAACAUCGCAUAUGGCUAUGAGUACAAAUUGUACGAGCCAAGUGACGAGGAGAUUCGAAUCUUGGGAGAAAAUCGACACAAAAAAGUGACUGCUGAACAAUCGGUUUCUCCUGGAUCCUUCAUCGAACUAGCUAACCAGAGAUGGUAUUUCGAUCCCGAAUUUUUUUUCUUACACUUAAUUAUAAAAAAAUUUUUCAGCUUCAAUCGAAGUGAGUCACGCCAUUUGGAACGUCAUCAUUCGGAGCCAAUUCAAAUCGCUGACAUCAAUUUCGAUUUACUUCUAAUUUCCUAA